CAAGCGGAGAUAUGAGAUACGAGCAUUUUGCAGGUACACAUGGGCAUAUAGUCGCUGGAAGAUCUGGUGACAACGGUAACGAUUUUGGUGGAUACUCCGGUGGCUGUGUUCUCCUGGUCGACGCAGAGCGGUUCGCCAAGUCGUCGUCGAGAAAGGAUCUAACCGAGCAGCAGAAUCCAGGGUAUCAGAAUCAGAACCAGAACGGCAGUCAGCCCAAAUCGACGACCAUAGUCAAGUAUGAGAAGUCGUCGUGCCUCUUCUGCAACGAAUGGUUCGAUGCCCAGACAUUCACGGAACACCUGAUCCACUGCGGCCAGGUGCUGGAGGAGUGUCCCAACGGCUGUCAGGCCUUCAUCCCACGCAUCCGGAUGCGAUCCCAUCUGAAGGAGUGUCCACGCAACCAGCACAAUCUGAGCAGCCAGCAGCGCAUGAGUGUCAGCAUGGAUCGCCUGGAUAGGCAGUCGGAUCAGCGUCUCCUGGUCAUCGAACAGGACGUGGGCACCAUACGGUCCGUUCUCAACGAGGAGAUACGACAGCGCUUGCAUCUCAUCACCGAUGUGGGCAACAUACGGAAGCAGAACCAGGUCGUCGAGGAUUGGACCCGUGAAACGGAGAAGGCGAUGGACGAUCUGCGCCGCCAGAUGGAGGAGGAAACCAAUCGGAAGGCAUUUGCCAUCGAACAGAACCAGCUGGAUGUCCAGUACUGCUGUGAUAUCACACAGUCCUUGAAGGAGCAAGUGGAGUCCAGGCUGGAUGAGGCCCAAAAGCUGGUCAACCAGCUCUCGGCGGACGUGACCUAUCACCAGAAUCAGCUGAACGACAAUAUCCUGAAGCUGGAGGAGCUGAUCUUUGAGAACGAGCGGCUCAACAGGGAGAAGUUCUUUCAGAUCGAGGAGUUCCUGCAGCAGAUCAAUGAGGAUAUCAAAACGAAGCUGGGCAACAGUGACUAUGUGACGUCGAAGCAGGCCACCUUGGACUACGAGGUGAAGAAUGUGAAGAACAUUGUGUGCGAAACGGAGGAGCGUUGCGAUAAAUUGGAUCGAGCACUUCACCAGACCAUGCAGAAUAUAUCGGACUUGGAGACGCAAAUGGCCAUGCAGCAGCGGAUUGCCAGUGUCCAGAAUAUAAGGGGACACUUGAUUUGGCGCAUCAAGGAUUACUCGAAAAAACUGGAAGAGUCCAAGCAGUACGACACCAUUCUCCACAGCGCCAUGUUCUCCAAUAAAGCCUUUGGCUAUGCUCUACGGCUGGAUAUAUACUUGAAUGGCAAGGGCACCUGGAAGGGCAGGAACAUGAUCGCCUGCUUGAACGUUCUAUCCGGGGAGUACGAUCCCCUACUGGCCUGGCCCUGCCGCCUCCAGGCCGAGAUCAUCAUCCGGGAUCAGUGCACGAAUGCGGCAGACGCCGAGGAUUAUGUGAAGACCAUCUUUGUGCGCAAGAAGAGCGAUGAUUUUAUCCAGAGCAACCAGUACUUUCAUAUACCACACAAGGUGAUCACCAGUCGCAACUAUCUUCGCAACGAUUCCAUGUUCAUCGAGGUUCGAGUUUUGAAAUAAAACCCAUGUACCUACCCGCCCGGGAUCCAAAAAGAAAAAAUCCAAUUGAGGAUUGCCACGUACAUAUAUCAUAAUUUAUUCCAUUGAGAGCGAACUGGAAGUUAAAAACCCGCUUACAAACACGAGCGUGUGUAUAUAGUGUGUAUAAGUGCGUACGAAUCGAUUCAACGAUUCAAUAUGCGUAUAUUGUAGUGUAUGUCAUUGCAGUUUUAAAUGCUUUUUUUCGAAGUAGGAGGCAAUUGUCACAUUGAGGCACUGUCGAGACGAAGUCGGUAGUUAGAAAGCAUAGCUUUUAUUGCAACAUUUCCCUGGUCACUUGCCAAGAUACAAGCAACUUUCAUUUCGAGCUAAUUAACAAGCGAUUUCCAUAGUAUGUGUCUUUACGAACGCGUUUAAAUACAAAGGUCUUUUAAUAAAAUACAACAUCAACACUUGUUCAUUUCUUUGAAAGAGGUAUCAAAUGUCUGAUCCCGUUCAGGUAUUAUUUGUGAGCACUUAUAGUCUACGUUGUGGUUCAUAAUUGUCUGGCUUCGUUGGCGUGUUCGUGUAUGUUGUAUGCAUGUAAAUGAACGAAUAUAUAGAAGAGA